GUACAUAGGGAAGACAGACUCCAUCACCAUCAGUGUGUGGAACCAUAAGAAGAUCCACAAGAGGCAAGGGGCCGGGUUCCUGGGCUGUAUACGACUGCUGGCUAACUCCAUCAGCAGACUGAAAGACACAGGCUACCAGCGGUUGGAUCUGUGUAAGCUGAAUCCAUCAGACAGUGAUGCAGUACGGGGACAGAUCGUAGUGAGCCUCCAGACCAGAGAUGGUUUGGGCAGUGGAGGACCCGUGGUCGACUGUAGAGGACUGUUGGAGAAUGAGGGGCCUGUGUUUGAGAGCUGUUUCAGUGAGGAGCCGCUGCCGUACUCAGACGCCACGGGCGCCGCUGGGGGCGGGACCUGUCCACCGGAUUCACCCAACCAGGAGAACCGGCUCCAGGCUCAGCGAAUCAGAGGCCAGGAUUCCCAAAGACACACCCACACCCCUCAGAACCGACUGCAUGGCAACCAAUCACCUGAUCUGCCUGAGGGAUACGAGCAGCGCACCACAGUGCAGGGACAGGUGUAUUUUCUUCACACACAGACGGGAGUCAGCACCUGGCAUGACCCACGCAUACCCAGGGACCUGACCAGUGUGAGCUGUGAGGAGUUGGGUCCGCUACCGUCCGGCUGGGAGGUGAGGAGCACGGUGUCGGGACGGAUCUACUUUGUGGAUCACAACAACCGAACAACACAGUUCACUGACCCCCGGCUGCACAGCAUCAUCAGCCACCACUCCCAGGUGAAGGAGUCGUCUCAGCCCCUGGGUGGGGGAGGCGGGAGAGAGAUGGAGGAGGGAGGCGAGGAGGGAGGAGAAGGGGAGGUGACACUGCGUUAUGAGAGAGACCUGGUCCACAAACUGAAGCUGCUCCGACACGAGCUGUCGCUACAGCAACCACAGGCCGGACACUGUCGCAUAGAGGUGUCACGAGACGAGAUCUUUGAGGAGUCUUAUCGUCAGAUCAUGAAGAUGAGGCCCAAGGAUCUGAAGAAGCGUCUGAUGGUGAAGUUUAGAGGAGAGGAAGGACUGGACUACGGAGGAGUGGCAAGGGAGUGGCUGUACCUGCUAUGCCAUGAGAUGUUAAACCCGUACUACGGCCUGUUCCAGUACUCAACAGACAACAUUUACACACUACAGAUCAACCCUGACUCCUCUAUCAACCCUGACCACCUGUCGUAUUUCCACUUUGUGGGUCGUGUGAUGGGCCUGGCCGUGUUCCAUAGUCACUAUAUCAACGGAGGCUUCACCCUGCCCUUCUACAAGCAGCUGCUGGGGAAACCUAUUACGCUACAAGACCUGGAGACCACUGACCCUGAACUACACAAGAGUCUGGUCUGGAUACUGGAGAACGACAUCUCGUCGGUUCUAGAUCAUACGUUCUGCGUGGAACACAGUGCCUUCGGCAAGUUCCUUCAACAUGAGCUGAAACCCAACGGCCAGAACCUCCCGGUAACCGAGGACAACAAGAAGGAGUACGUGAAGCUGUACGUCACCUGGAGGUUUAUGAGGGGGAUCGAGGCUCAGUUCUUAGCUCUGCAGAAAGGAUUCAGCCAACUGAUUCCUCAGCACCUCCUCAAACCGUUUGACCACAAGGAGCUGGAGUUGAUCAUCGGAGGCCUGGGGAAGAUAGACCUGGCAGAUUGGAAGUCUAACACCCGUUUGAAGCACUGUGCUGUAGACAGUAAUGUGGUUUGCUGGUUCUGGGAGGCGGUAGAGAGCUUCACUGAGGAGAGGAGAGGACGACUACUGCAGUUUGUUACCGGUUCUACCAGAGUUCCACUACAGGGGUUCAAGGCACUACAGGGUUCUACAGGUUCAGCAGGCCCAAGGCUGUUCACCAUCCAUCUGAUAGAAGCCAACACAGACAACCUACCCAAGGCACACACAUGUUUUAACAGAAUAGAUAUCCCUCCCUACGAGUCGUACGAGAAACUUUAUGAGAAGCUGCUGACGGCCGUGGAGGAGACGUGUGGCUUCGCUGUGGAGUGACAC